GCGGCAGGCGGAGUCAUUAAUCAACCAUUAUUAAGAACAAAAAGCAAGUAUUUUAGUGCCGCCGGAGGCAUAAAAUAAGAAGGUCAGCAGAAGCAAACCAUGAUUAAUAAUUUCUGCAUUUCGGUAUAUUGAGUGGACGGUGCUGCGGUCAUCCAAGCAGUGGUUUCAAUUCGGUCUCUGGGAUCUGAAUCCCUCUCAUUCUCCCUCUCUCUCUCUCUCUCUCUCUCUCUCUCUAGCAGCAUCAUUCAUCAUGAUCGUCGUCAUCAUCGCCGACAACAGCAGCAAAACAAACUCCACUCUGGUUUCUUGGAUUUUUUAUCCCUAAUUUUCUUGUUUCUCUCUCCGUAUCUUUGCCAAACGAAGCCUGCAAACUUUUUUUUCUUUGAUUUUCUGAUCGGCGAAGCUUCAAUUUUCAACUAUUCCUAGCUGUUUUAAAUUCGUUCGAUCCUUUGGUUGUUUAAUUCUUUCCUCUUUUUUUUUUUUGGGUUAUUUUUUUCUCCGUGCCGGUGCGCCUGAGUGCGUGCAGACACAUUUAUUUCCAUAAAUGAGAUCCGCGAUUCUGGUGCUUGGACAUCCCUGGUGAAUGGAAGAGGAGGAAUUGUAUUCGAAGUAAAGAUGCUGUAUUUGAAGCAGCCAAACACUAGAAUGUGGUAUUGGCGUCGGCGUUGUUCGUGCUCGGGCCUCCGGUGAGUAAUUCUUCGAGCCCACCCUCGCAUGCCGGUCUGAUCGGUUCCCGAGCCCGAGGCUCGGGAUCUGAGCUCCUAUUCCAUGACAUCGGAGAAUGAGUCCCCGCGGACACAAUCGCACUCUUUCAUUGAAGACGAACAACCUCCUGCCCCUGCCCCUGGAUGUAUGCAGAAAUUCAGGCUCUACGAGACUCGCUCGAAGUUUUACAUGAUAGGUAGGGACAAGAGCAGGACAUUUUGGAGAGUACUAAAGAUUGAUAGGUUGGAGCCAUCUGAGCUAAACAUUCGUGAAGAUUCAACCACAUACAGUGAAAGUGAAUGCUCUGACCUGUUGAGACGGAUACAUGAAGGCAACAGGUCAACUGGUGGACUGAAAUUUGUAACUACAUGUUAUGGAAUUGUUGGCUUCAUUAAAUUUUUGGGGCCUUAUUACAUGCUGCUUAUCACAAGGAGGAGGCAGAUUGGUGCAAUAUGUGGCCAUACUGUGUAUGCUGUCUCCAAGAGUGAGAUGAUUCCUCUUCCAAAUUCUUCUGUUCAGUCCAACGUCGCCAUUUCUAAGAAUGAGAACAGGUACAAGAAGCUCCUGUGCACAGUGGAUCUUACGAAGGACUUCUUCUUCAGCUAUUCAUACCAUGUUAUGCGCAGUCUUCAAAAGAACUUAUUAGAUAAUGCAUCAGGGCAAGUACUCUAUGAAACUAUGUUUGUCUGGAAUGAGUUCUUGACACGGGGAAUCAGGAAUCACCUUCAAAAUACUCUUUGGACUGUUGCAUUGGUGUAUGGUUUUUUCAAACAGGCCAAACUUUCAGUAUCUGGGCGGGACUUCAAACUGACCCUCAUUGCGAGACGCUCACGCCAUUAUGCUGGAACAAGGUAUCUGAAGCGAGGUGUAAACGAGAAGGGCAGAGUAGCUAAUGAUGUUGAGACAGAACAGAUUGUGUUUGAGGAUGUCCCUCAAGGAUUUCCUGUGCGAAUUAGUUCUGUUGUUCAGAACCGUGGGUCAAUCCCUCUUUUCUGGUCGCAGGAAACUUCACGAUUGAAUCUUAAACCUGAUAUUAUAUUGUCAAAGAAGGAUCAAAAUUAUGAAGCCACCAGACUUCAUUUUGAAAAUCUUGUCAAGAGAUAUGACAACCCUAUAAUUAUUUUGAAUUUGAUUAAGACAUAUGAGAAGAAGCCACGAGAGUCCAUUCUUCGUGCAGAGUUUGCUAAUGCAAUUGAUUAUAUUAAUAAAGAUUUAUCGGAGGAGAACCGUCUUAAGUUUCUUCACUGGGACCUACACAAACAUUCACGGAGCAAAGCUACAAAUGUUUUGCUACUACUAGGCAGAGUGGCUGCAUAUGCGUUGACGCUAACUGGUUUCUUUUAUUGCCAAGUAACACCAGCAUUGAGACGUGAGGAGCAGCUAAAUUGGCCCUAUAUUGGGAAUAUGGAUGCUUGUGGUGUGUCCACUUGUGAUGCGUAUCCCCUGAAACGUUUUGAUAAGAACAAUGAAGAUGCUGAUAGUUUAGAGAGGAAACAUAGUGAACGGAACAACGUUGCCAAUGGAAACCAUUCUGUCAGGGCACCAAUGUUUCAAAAAGGGGUUCUCAGAACCAAUUGCAUAGACUGCUUAGAUCGCACAAAUGUUGCACAAUAUGCAUAUGGGUUGGCUGCUCUUGGACACCAGCUUCAUGCUCUUGGAGUUAUAGAUUCCCCAAAGAUAGACCUUGAUGCACCUUUAGCUGAUGAUUUGAUGGGGCUAUAUGAGAGAAUGGGUGACACACUUGCACACCAAUAUGGUGGCUCAGCUGCUCACAACAAGAUAUUCUCUCAGAGAAGGGGCCAAUGGAAAGCAGCAACCCAGUCCCAGGAAUUCUUCAGAACUCUUCAACGUUAUUAUAGCAAUGCAUAUAUGGAUGCGGAGAAACAAAAUGCGAUAAAUGUAUUCUUGGGGCACUUCCAGCCACAACAAGGUAAACCUGCACUCUGGGAGCUGGACUCCGACCAGCAUUACAACGCUGGGUGGCAAUUACAUACAACUAUGGAUGAAAACGGAAGGGCAUUUUUUAAAAGGUCCUUAUCGGAUGGAAACAUCCUUCGUGAAGGCAGCUCACCUAUUUCAGCCACAAAUAUUGACGAGGAGAAACUUUCUAACUCGGAUUUGCAUGGGCAGUUGCAAGGAGAAAAGGUUCUAUUGGAGUCAUCACCAGAUACAUCUAAUGCUGAAAGUGAUGUAGCCUUUUCCAGGUAUAUGCCCUCAAUGCCCCGCAGGCAGCUCUUCACAGAUAUACAAAGAGAUCGAUGCAUUGACAGUGACCAUAAUGAACAUGGGGAUGGAAUUAACUGCUCAAAUUUUGUUGAUCUAGACUGGCUAUCUUCCUCUGGAAAUUCUUGUGAGGAAGACCCAUAUGAGAGGUCAAUGUUCCCAAAUUCUCCAAUUGCUGGGAUGUCAUCAGAGAAUGUCAUCAAUGGAAUCAUGGGAGAAGCAAUUCCAUCCACGAGUGAAUAUGGGUCCAUCAUUAAGGGAAGGGAGCAGACAGGAACAGAGCUUUCUUACAGUAGUAUGCAGAAUUGUGAUGCACUUGAGGAAUUUUCUGAUAGCUUUGUGCACUGGGUAACCCAUGGAGAGACGCUCUGCCAUUGAAGUUUGGCUCAGUUUUGUUCUAAAUAUUUAUUCCUGCCUUUACUGAGAAUAUGAUAAUCUGUGGAGAAUUUCUAGAGCAUUUAAGUAUUUGCAUCAAGAAGCUGAGGAAGUGGUUCCAGCAACCUUCUGCAAGGAAGCCAUCCUCUUCUAGAGCAUUGAAGUAUUUGCAACAAGAAACUGAGGAAGUGGUUCCAGCAAUCUUCUGCAAGGAAGCCAUCCUUUUCAACAUCAACUCUAUUGUCAAGAUUUCAGUAUGAACCUGAUACUGAAGUAAAUAGCCAACCAUUUGCCGGGGUGGGGGUGGGGUGUUUGGAGUUUCAUCUUUUUCCCUUUCCCCCCAUCAGUUUGUGGACUCCAUAGGGUUCAAUCAUGUAAAUAAACACGGCAUUCACUGGGGCUCCACAUUUACCAUUGUAGGCCAUUGAUUCUUUAUAUCCUUCAAUGUCAAUUCUUUUUUCUUCUUUUUUCUCCCUCCCCAUUUGGUCUUGAGGGAGAGAGGAGAGAGGUGGCUUGUGGGAAUGCUGAUAAUCUUUGUUUAUGCUGUGGGUGGUGUAAAAAUUGCAUGGAAGUUUUCUACAA